AUGGCGCCUGCCGCCUCCCUGUUCCUGCUGCUUGCCGUUCUGUGGUGCGGCGCACCGGCUGCCGCCGCCCACUCUGUCGACACGUGCCGGGCGGGCAAAGUCACGCUGCGGAACGCGUCCUCCGUCACGACGACCACUGACGUCUUUGGCGCGACGGCGAACGUCACGUUUAACUUCUGCGCUCCGGCGGUGGGGAGCGUGUGCGGCGCCAACAGCGGCGGCUUCGGCGCGGGGUACGUGGAGGUGGUGGCCGACGGGGCGUGCGUGGAGUCCUUCACGACGCUGCUGCGGCCGCCGGCGGCGGGCGCGGCGCAGACGACGACGUUCACCGUCGCCAACCCGAAUGAAACUUCCACUUUCCGUGUGAGCGUGCAGUGCAACAGCAGCGGCGCCCCUGGCGAGGUGUACAGCGCCGGCGACCUCCGCUCAGGUGGGACGAACGGGAGCGUUUGGUUCGAGGCGGACUUUUCCUCCGUGGAAGGGUGCCAGGUGAACAACUUCUUUUGCGCCGCCUCCGACGACUGUGUGGGGGCCUCCUGCAUCAACGGCAUCUGCAUCGACACGAGCUGCCCCAUGCUGAGCUCCGUCUCGCAGGUUGCCACGGUGCCGGCCAACUACCUCUCGCUGGUGCGCGUGACGGACUGCUACGGCUUCCCUGUGCAGGGGCUCCUCGCCGAGAACAUCUCCGUGCGCCUCAACGGCGACUCCAUCGAUGACCCGCCGCUCUCCUUCGCCGUAGACAACGUCCGCCGGGCGGCGAAUCUGGGCGGGGUCGUGCGAAUUACAACACUCAUGAUUCAGCAGAAUAGCCACGUCGUUUCGGAGUACGAAGACGACCUCAAGGAGCACCUGAGGGCGUUCCUUGUGAACCUCACGGAGGCAGGGGAGAGAGGCAACUACAUUGCCCUCGUCGUCUUUGACGGCUCGGCGUCGCCCGUCACGGUUCAGCCACACACUACGGACCUUGAGCUGCUUCAGAAGGCUGUCGAUGCCCUGCCGCUGACGAUGCCCGAUCCCUUGCCGACGAACCUGUACGGCGCGGUUGUCUACGGUCUCGAGGCGAGUUACCAGAUGCAGUCCACAUUCAACGAGAGCACGUACACGACACUUGUCCUCUUCUCCGACGGCUUUGACACCGCCGCUCGCAUCACAAAAGCAGAAGCCAUUCGCAAGGCGCAGUACUUUGCAGCAAAAAAUGUCACCACCUUGGCGCUUGGCAUCUCAAACCGUUCAGACCUUCUCUUCUUGAGGAAAAUUGCCACGUCUGGCUACUUCAACGCCUUCUCCAUGGACUCCCUUGCAGACGCCUUUGGACGGCUGACAAGGCAGAUUCUGACACUGCGCCGUAACGUGUACUAUGUCUUGCUGUGCGUUCCCAACCGCAAGAACCACGUCUCAGUGGAGGUUUCUUUAAGCCCCUCUGAGGCGUUUGCGAACGUGCACCCGCUUCAGUUCACCGUAGACACCUCUGGGUUUACGGGCGGGUGCAACGAGUCUGUUCUCAAUGGCAGCAUUGUGGGGGAUAAUUCUUCGUUUGCCCCCGCUCCCGCGUCUGUGUAUCUUCCCUCUGGGGGUUCUCUCACCGAGGCCCUGGGCCCCUACGCGAGUUUGCGCUUUUACACCAACUGCACCGCCGACGUGUGUCUGCUGGACGUUGCGGCCGACGUCCCGAAGCGGGUUAGCCCGCGGACUGUGCUGGUCCUCGUCACGCCCCGCUGCGUCUUGUCGCCGUUCUGCUUUGACGACGCCUUUGACGACAAUUACACCGUGCGAAGCAAUGCGUCUGCGAAGUAUCAGUUUAUGUUGAUCUCGGGCGUAAAUCGCUCGACCGUCUUCAAUAUCGUUUCUUUGGCACCGCCGCACUGGACGGUGCCGCCGCCAUUUUUAAGCCGGAAUUUAUCCGGCGUGAGGGACCUGGCGGGCGAAGCAGACUUGUCUGCCAUCGUCAUAUUGGCCCUCUCCACUCUUCUUCUCUUGGCCGCGGCUUGCGCCUGCGUCUGUCGCCACCACUGGCGCCACUCAUGCGCCGCCGCGGGUGACCCGACGCCGUACAGGCGGCUAACGCCGUACCCGGCGCCACGCGCGUUCCAGAAGCCGGCGCGUCGCACCUCGUUGAAUGUCCCCGUGCUGCCGCGCAUGGAGCAGAUGGGGGAGGAGGGCGCCUACGGCUACAGCGCGCGCUGGUCGGGGCGAGAAUGA